AUGACUUCAACACCCACGUCACCAUCUACCAACGUCCCUCCCGUGUCUCCCGCGUCGCCCGCCAUCCCCGUCCUGCCGACCCCUCUGGCCCAAACCUACGUCUUCCUCAACCCAUGUCUUCUCCUCGGCCUCCUGGCCCUGCGAUUCCAGUCCUUGACGACGGACCCGGUCGCCGAACUGCUGAAUGACCUCCCACUGCUGGCCCUGCUGCAGCUGAUCUUCGUCAUGAUCUGUCUGCCUCCCGCGGGAUCCGUGUUGUCGUCUAAGCCGGAGACUGUGGACGUCGACGACAAGAAAGAUAAAGCCCCGGCGUCUCCGUCCGGGGGGUCGGCUGGCAGCGUGGUCUUGAAGCCCGGGAAAGUGGGCUAUCGUCGACGAAGUGCGAAGAAUGAUUCUUCGUCUGGGAGCUUUGUUGCGAAGUUGAUUCCCGCCCUCCUCUCUCUCAUCCUAACCUUCCUCCUCGCGACUCCUGUCUUCGCCGCCCUACUCGUCCUCUUCGGUGCCCCGAUCACAACCCACCAUUUGCAGACCCUGCUGUGCGCCGCGCACAUGGCUCUUUUGACCUCCACCGGCCUUAUCUACGUCCAUGGCGUCGACGGCUCCGUGUGGAAGGAGGUAUGGGGCGCCGCGAGACCCUUGGAUGUUGUUUGGGGUGGUGCGCUGGGGACGGGUCUGGGUGCUUGGUUGGGUGCUGUGCCGAUUCCGUUGGAUUGGGAUCGUCCGUGGCAGGCAUACCCGAUUACGAUCCUGGUAGGCGCAUAUAUCGGAUACGCUCUUGGUGUGGGACUUGGACGGACGGUGCUGUUCGGAAAGAGAAUUGACUUCGAAGAGGAGGGGGAUACGAAGAAGGUUGAUUAA